CUAGUAUCAUAUAUACAAAUAGUGUUUGAAAUUGACAAAAAAAAACUAUCGAAAGUUGUUUGAUAUAAUAGCGUGACACUUGUGAAAAGAUAUAUCAGUACAUUGGACUAAACAUAUAACUUGGGUGUUAAAUCAGAAAAGUGCUUACUUAUAAUGUUAACUAUGAAUUGUGAAAUAUCGCACACAGACUCCAGAACAGACGAACACUCAGAUUGCGGAAGUGAUUUCGAAAACACAUCACACGUUGCAGACUAUAGAUUGGACACUAACAUGUCUCUUACAAUGCCGACGAGUGGUCGUGGAAUCCGUCGGGAUUACGAUACUCUUGUUUCGGAUGAUUCGUCGUGUGAGGGUGACACUGAGCAGAGCCCGCCGGUGAAAAGAUUCAAAAGUGAAAAUGAAGACCCAUCUGACAGUAUGUCCUCACAGCAUUUCUCUAAAGAUUCUCUCCUGGAUGACAACGGCGUGAGACGAUACAGGACGGCAUUUAGCCGAGAACAAAUUGGCCGACUGGAAAAAGAGUUCUUUAAAGAAAACUACGUAUCCCGACCACGACGAUGUGAACUAGCUCAAGAACUCAAUCUUCCAGAGAAUACCAUAAAGGUAUGGUUCCAAAACCGACGCAUGAAGGACAAAAGACAACGUAUGGCUAUGGCUUGGCCCUAUGGCAUCGCUGAUCCACAUUUGUACGCCUACCUUGCCGCAGCAGCUGCCUCCUACCCAUAUGGACUCCCUCAGUCAUCACCAGUCGGUUAUUAUAAUACUCUCGGACUUUCUCGUCCAUCUGUACCAACAGUAUCACCACCUGUGACGUCACCGAACAUUGGAACGCUCGGACAAUAUCCAUUUCCAAAUCCACUGCGCCCGAGACCGGAAGCGCUUCCGGGAAUGUCGUCUGCGUUUCUCAGCCGAUCUCCUACCAUGUCUCAUCAUACUCCAUAUCACAGUUCACCUCUUCUCAGCGGGCACACUGUACACAGAGGCCACCCAUUAGACGGAAGCCCACAGUUGAUGAACACAAGUGGUACACUGAACUCUAGCGGCGGAUCAAUAUCUCCAUCUCUAGAAGACACUUCGAUAAACUCUGUCCACCAUGGAAUAAAUCCACUAUCCAGCACUCCAUCCUCACCGAACCAUAUAUCACCGAAUUCCACUUCGCCGGCAUUACCUAGCCCACAAACCAUUACCAAAGCGCCCUCUUCCGGCCAGACGAGUACUGCACCAGCUCUGUUCCGCCCAUUUUAACAAUGUGAAACGAAAAGCAUUAAACUGUGUGAAACAAAUUUAUUUACUUACAGUAAAGUUAUGACAGCGCAUAAUAAUAUUAAUAUUUUAAUGUUUUCAAACUGAAGUAUGCACUUCUUAUUUACAGUGCACGUGCACAAUGAUGGUAUACGGAAGCUGGGUCAUACGAGUUAUUUUUUUUAUUUGUUAAACUUUGUUAACACUUUUUAUGUUGUUAUACGUGUAAAUAAAUUCUAAUUUGAAAAUUUAA